UAUCCUCCCUUUAGUCCUUGCUUACUUCCCUCAUCCCUUCUUACCUUCCUUUCGCACUCUCUUAUUUCCUUUUUUCCCUUCCAUCUAUUCUUACAUUUCGUUAUUUUUCCUUCCUUCAUUAUUCGGGACAAGUAAAGAUCUAAUGAUCAUGUUUGGAGUAUGUAGUGGAAAAUGACAUCUACUAUAAACUCAGACCAUGAACGCUAGUGAUGGGUCGUUCGCGAAUGAACGGCUCUUUUUUGAACGGACCUUUUUGGUGAACGUCGGGAGCGGAAUCCCAUCGGUGAAAAAGCCGUUCAUUUGGCUUCCCGGUUUGCAUACUACUACCACCGUUUUUUGAGCUCAAAACAAGGUUUUUCUGUAGAUAUGUAAAACAAAUCAUUAUCUAAAGAGUGGUGUGUCCUCACUGAAGAAACAACAAUAAGUAAUCUGGUCCACGCAAAUUUGUUUCAGUGAGUAAAAAAAUCAAGACAUUGUUUUACAGGCCAUCUAAUAAUUUGACCAGGUAAAAAUGUAUUUGAAUGCGAAUUUCACUAUGACAUACUGGUAGCCUACCUAGUUGGGAUUUACAUGGGAGAUUUGCAAUUUGUCAUGGUUCUAUGUCGAUUUUUAAACAUUUUCAACGAAGAGCCGUUUGGGAGCGAAAUGAACGGUCUCGUUUACGUGAACGAAGCCAAAUGAGCCGGCUCACCGAAAUAAUCGGAAUGCCCAUCACUAGUGAACUAUGGCAAUAUUUCAUUAGUCUAAAGAAACUUCCCCUCCUUCUGUUUCCUUUCCUUAAUCUUCAUUGGUCUGAAAUAAUUUGAUUAAAAUGACAAGUAGCUAUUUAAUGGCACCUAAUCUUACGAAAUACGGACAGGGCUAUACAAUAUUUACUUGCGUGUAAUCAGCAUCGACAUUAGACUGAUAAAGAUCCAGAACGGUUAUGUGAGUUUGGUUUCACUUAUUUUGUUGGUUUCAGUUCUUGGGUGGGAGGGCGUGCCUUGUAAACAGAGUACAGCUGCCGUUGCGCUGUGUACUGUAGUUGGUGGUGAAGCAGUCUGAAGUAUACGAGAAAUGACGAGAGGGAGAAGACAAAGUCAACGCAGGAAGAAACUGAUCAUCCUUCGAGGUUUGCCAGGAGUUGGAAAGACAACGAGGGCAAAAAACCUCUGUGAUGAAUAUGCAAGACUUGGACUGGAAGCAGAAAUUUUCUCCACUGACAGGUACCAUGAAAGUACCAACUACACCAAAGGAAACUUUCAACGCAACCAUCAGCGGAAUAGAGAGGAUGUUUUUAAAGCCUUGAACAGAGGUGUGGAUCUGAUCAUCGUUGACAACACAAACAUUUCUCUUUGGGAGAUGUGGCCCUAUAUCCACAUGGGGAUGCGUCAGGGUGACUAUUACAUCACUAUGAUGGAGCUGCCUAAGAACUAUAUCUCCAUCAACAAGCUGUACAGCAGGUGUAGGCAUAAGAUCCCCAAGCGUAAGUUCAGGUCCUUUGAGGCUCGCUGGGAAGACGCUUACAACAUCUGGCAUGUACUUAACGACAGCUACUCCAUAAACCGCUGGGAGCAAUGCGAAGAGGAAUGGAACGUCCAGUGAUGAAGACAUGCUGGUCUCCCCCCCCCCCCCCACAAAUUCCCCAAAGUCCAGAACAAUUUUUUAAAAACGUACAGUAUUAUAUAGAGCCCUUAUUGUAUGGAACUUCAAUCUCACGUUGCUCAAAUAAACAGCAAACCUGGUUUAAAAAACAGAUAAAGCAACACCUCGCGGUACAAUGCCUCUCCCCUAUCUGACCUGGAUAGUUUGUGUGUAUGCAUUGAUAUGUAGGCUACGUGUGCCUUUUUAAAAAUGUAUGUAGCUCUGUCCUUGAGCUGUUCUUGUCUAAUGAAGUUCUGUAUUAUGUCAUUCUGUAUUGUGUUUCAUGUUUUAUGUGGACCCCAGGAAGAGUGGGGAUCCUAAUAAAAUACCAAAAUUGUACUUGU